ACACAACAUAAACAUCUCGACCGUAAAAUGUCGAGAAUUUUUCGAGAAUCGGCACGAAAAGAUGCUCACGAAGCUUCUUAUCGCUGUGCUGCUACCAGCUUUUACCCUCUCCAUCCUCAAUGGAAUCCAGUCCAACCAGUACGACACGCGUUCACUGGUGUCGGUAAUCUCGCGUUUUCCGAAUCUGCCUGAUGGACAAGCGAUGAUUUGUGGUGGAGUCAUUAUCACGCAGAACACUGUGCUCACCGCUGCUCAUUGUGUGAAUGAUGGCAAUACAUUGUA